AGGAGUAGAUGAAAGUGGAUUAAUGUCACAGAAUGCACAGGACCAUCGCGAGUUUGCCGCUUGCCCCAUCUGUGAAAACUAAACUCACAAGCGCCGGGUUUGACACCUGCGCAGACCUGAAGGAUUUGCGACCCCUCCAACUCUGCAAAGAGGCAGGCAUCUCCCAGGAGGAGGCGCUAGAGGUGCUGCAGACCCUCCGCUCUGAUGAGGGAGUGGGUGGGGCCGCUGCUGUGAGGGGCGGGGUCACUGCUCUGCAGCUCCUGCAGAAGGAGCAUGCUCUGGGUGACAUCAUCACCUUCUGCUCCGCCCUCGACUCGGCCCUGGGGGGUGGGGUUCCCGUGGGGAAGACCACAGAGGUGUGUGGAGCACCUGGGGUGGGGAAGACUCAGCUGUGUGUGCAGCUGGCGGUGGAUGUGCAGAUCCCGGUGUGUCUGGGUGGGCAGGGGGGCCAGGCGCUGUAUCUGGACACGGAGGGCAGCUUCCUGGUGCAGAGGGCAGCAGACGUGGCACAGGCAGCAGUGGAGCACUGCACCCUUCUGGCUCACGACCACGAACAACAAGCAGCCUUGAAGGACUUCACCGUUGAAAACAUCCUCUCGCGCCUCUGGCUUGUGCGUUGCCAUGACUACGUGGAGCUGUUGGCCCACUGUUACCUUCUCCCUGACUUCCUGACCAAGCACCCAGAGGUCCAACUGGUGGUGAUUGACAGCAUUGCCUUCCCAUUCCGGCAUGACUUUGAGGAUUUCUCCCAGAGGACCCGCCUCCUUAAUGGGCUGGCUCAGCAACUUAUACAGCUGGCUACAGAGCACAGCGUAGCGGUUGUUCUGACCAAUCAGAUGACAACUAAGGUGUGGAAUGGCCAAUCCAAGCUAGUCCCAGCUCUCGGUGAGAGCUGGGGGCAUGCAGCCACACAGAGACUCAUUCUGCACUGGGAGGGAACUCAGAGGUUGGCAUCUAUUUUUAAGUCACCCAGUCAGAUGGAGGCUACUGUACCUUACUGCAUCACUGAAUGUGAAGCGAUGUCCGGCUCUAGCAACGAGGAGAAAACCUUCCGAAGGUUCCUGGAGCUCUUUCUCCGGGAGAUGAAACCCCACUGCUGGAGGACCAACCGCCUCCGAUGCGGCCAAUGA